AUACUAAAGGAGGGCAGUCACGUCCCAGGAGGUACCUCGGUGACUUUGUCGAUUGUGAGCUGCCUCACCAUGGACCUGUGCAAACUAGCUUUGUUGCUGGGAGCCCUAACCUGCACUGCAAGUGGUACUGAGGUGGAUGGCUACACCAAAAUUAAGGGAGCACAGAUCCUCUCGUUGCAGAGAAGACAGUACUCAGUUAACAACGCGGCUGAAUGUGCCGCCAAAUGUGACACUGAAACAUCCUUCACAUGCAGGUCUUUCACAUAUAAUCAAAGGGAUGAUGGGUGUUGGACAGCACCGGACAACUCUAAAACACUGAUGGCUGAGCGCGGAAAAAGCACAGUGUUGUAUGAAAAAAAAGUGUACAUCCCGGAGUGUACAUUUGGAACAGGAAUGUAUUACAGAGGAACAAAGUCCAAAACAAGAACAGGAAAGACGUGUCAGAGUUGGGCAGCAAAAUACCCACACAUACCUAACAUUACACCACAGGAAUAUCCCCGAGCAGACCUGGAGUCCAACUUCUGCAGGAACCCUGAUGGAGCCAGUGGGGGACCCUGGUGUUACACCACUGACCCAGACACCCGCUGGGAAUACUGCGAUGUAGCCAUCUGCACUGAUGAGUGUAUGCACUGCAAUGGUGAGAACUACAGAGGAAACAUCUCCAUUACAAAGCACAGCUACACCUGCCAACGCUGGGACUCCCAGGAACCUCACAGCCAUGGCUAUGACCCUCACGUUCUUUCAGAUAAAGAUCUUGUAGAGAACUUCUGCAGAAACCCUGAUGGUGACCCCCAACCAUGGUGCUUCACCACCGACCCGUCCAGACGAUGGGACUACUGCAUCAUACCCCGCUGCACAUCCGAGCCUCCAACCAUUGUCCCAGAGCUGACCUGUAUCACUGAUAGUGGUGAAGCGUACCGAGGCACAAUUGCCGUGACUAAAUCUGGCAAAACAUGCCAGAGCUGGUCGUCUCAGGAGCCACACAAACAUAACCGCAACCCAAGAAGCUACCCCUGCAAUGGCCUGGAAAGAAACUACUGUCGUAACCCUGACAAUGGAAAUAUGCCCUGGUGUUAUACCACUGACAAUGCGACUCGCUGGGAGUACUGCGAUGUGCCACGCUGUGUAGAUACAGAUGAGUCAGUGACUUCUUCAGAGGAGGACUGUUAUGAAGGGGAUGGGUCAAGUUACCGUGGCAUGACAUCAGAGACUGUCAGUGGAAAAAAAUGCCAAGACUGGAGCUCCAUGACUCCACACAACCACAGCUACACUCCACAGAGCUACCCCAAAGCGGACCUCAGGAUGGACCUGUGCAGAAACCCUGAUGGAGAUGAAGCUCCCUGGUGUUACACUACAGACCCCAGUGUCCGCUGGGAGUUCUGCAACUUGGAGCAAUGCCCCACCAAUUCUACGGAAGAGACACCCACAGCUUUACCACAGCAGAACUGUAAGAUUGGAAAUGGCGAGACAUACCGGGGUCCAAUCUCCAUCACCGCUAAGGGUGUGACCUGCCAGGCCUGGAGUGCUCAGAGCCCUCACCAACACAAGAGCUUCACCCCAGAAACUGACCCUGACAAGGGGCUGGAGGGAAAUAGCUGCAGAAACCCAGACAGUGAUGCGAGUGGACCGUGGUGCUUCACUACCAGCACUAACAAAAGAUGGGACUACUGUCACAUCCCAAACUGUGUUGAUUCGAAAUGUGGGACGCCAGUCGCCAAACCAAAGCGUUGUUUUGGUCGGAUUGUGGGAGGCUGUGUGUCUAAACCUCACUCGUGGCCCUGGCAAAUCAGCCUCCGGACCACUGAGGGAUCUCAUUUAUGUGGAGGAAGUCUGAUUGACCCUCAGUGGGUCCUUACUGCUGAACACUGCCUGGAGCAGUCUGAGGACCCUUCAUACUACAAGGUAUUCCUGGGUAUCCACAGAAAGUCAGGCAAUGAGCCAUCGCAACAGGAAAGGAACGUGGAGAAACUGAUGCGUGCACCCAACAACGCUGACAUUGCUCUGCUCAAACUGCAGAGCCCUGCAAUGAUAAACGACAAAGUCCUAACAGUUUGUCUGCCAGAGCAGGACUACAUUGUUCCCACUAGAACUGAGUGUUAUGUCACCGGAUGGGGUCGAACCCAAGGUACGGGAGGUGAAGGUUUCCUGAAGGAAACUGGGGUUUCUGUGAUCGAGAACAAGAUCUGUAAUCGUCCAUCGUACAUGAACGGCUUAAUCGAGGACCAUGAAAUGUGUGGAAUAAAUGAGGGAGGAAUGGAUGCCUGCCAGGGUGACAGCGGUGGUCCUCUGGUGUGUAAAAUCCAGAACAGUUACAUCCUGCAGGGUGUGACUUCAAGGGGUAUUGGAUGCGCCAUUGUUACGAGACCUGGCGUCUACACUCGAGUCUCCACGUUUGUCAACUGGAUCAACAAAGCCAUCAAUGAAAAUUAAAAACCAUCCACCUAAAAAUAAUCCAGUCGCUUCAGUCGCAGAAAGUGACAUUGUGCUCUUUGAAGAUACUUUAUCAUGCAUGUACUGUUCUGCUCUAACAUGACUACUUCAGUUUGUUUUCAGGUCUUGUCUGAUGUCAACAGAUGUUUUGUUUCCUCUGGUGUAUACACAAUAAGCCAACCAUGUUGCUGGUUUUGGCAUGUAAAAGUGUCUCUCUGUAAGAGCUGAAAAAUAAAUUGAAUACAAAUGAAAUGGGGGAGUCAUGCUUUAAGAAAAUGUAUAUAAAAAUACUUCCUUGGUUUUAGCUGAGGUCAAAGAGCAAGGAGUGGCUGAGUGAAUGUGUUGCCUGGAAGAGGAGAGGGGAAAGAGGCAAGCUGCAGGAGGAGGGUGUAUUUUUCUUCCCUUUUUUUAAUUUGACGGAAUUCUUCCUAACCCAGCUUUAAACAGAGCAUAUUCUUCUGUCGAGCUACUUCAAUGUUUAUUUUCAUGAGUGAACAUGAGUCAGUGAAAGCGUCAGCAUGAACUCAAAGUAGCGCUGUAAAAGACUUACGUCAGUUUUCUGGUGAGGUUUCACACAUGAACAGACUGCAACCAUGUUACCAUGUUGCC